AUAAGGGUUCGUCGGCUUCUGGUUAGGACACUUCAUGCCGUUCACGGCAAUUUAAAUCUGAAUUGACGGCGUACUUAAAGGCGUGCUCGGUGCGUAUUACGCGAAAGCAAAACAAACUUUGAGCCGGCCAGCAGUACAGUGACUCGGCGUGCGUUUCGCCAUUGAUGUGUUUCGCCCAAAUGCCGAUGACUCCCAAAUAUGACUGGGCUAGCGUUAUGUAUUAGUGUGCGUUAGUGUGUCUAGUGUGCGUGUUGUAUUGUGUUUGUGCAUUUGUGCGAUACGCAUAAUGUAUUAAGUGUCAGCAGUAGAAGAAAUAUACAUUAUAAUUGCACAGGACAAGCAAUUUGGAUGAUGUCCAGCACAGCAAAUUCCUUGCUGAGUAAAUUGCAGCAUUUGCUGCUUACUCAACCGAAGAUCUCCAUUCAAGGAGUCAAGCUUGCUAAACAAGGAUAAAGCAAGCGAGGAGUCCAAAGCUGCAAAAAGAGCUGCAAGCAAGCUGUAAAAGUUCUGUUUUUUUCUGACAGAUUGAGAAAUCGGAAGCGCAGCUUUAUAUGUAAAUGUUCAUCACGACAAAGUUGGCUGAUUGAAAAUGCAAAUCGCAUACAGAAAGUGAUUGCAUGCGACACCAAACGAAAUUUGUGGCAGCGCAAAAACAGGUAAUAAAGUGAGCGCAGGUAGCCCUAUUGCGCGUUGCACUCGGCGUAUGCGUAAUAAGCGGACGGCGUAUGCUUGUCGAACGGGCGUAGCGGGUCAGCAGCGAGGCCACGCCGUUGUCCAUUAAAGCGGCGGAAAUGACACAAACGAAAUGUAUCGCUGCAAAAAUUGGUUCUGUGCGCGCAGCAACAACAACAACUACGUCGACGUCGCACUAAACGAGCCGGGACAAAGCUCAACGCCAACGACAUUACCACCACAGCCACAGGCACAGGCGCAGGCACAGGCACAGGCAGCCAAAAGCUGCAGCAACAGUAAUAGCAUCAAUAGGGCACGCAAUAAAUCCAAUAGCAAUCAACAGCCAAACGCAGCCGGUGCGAACCACAGAUCCACGCCCACCGAUGAUCCACCGCAGUCUGCCGGAGCAGCCGGAGCAGCCCAUGUGGUCACGUUCCUGGAGGAUGCACCGGGCAGCAGCAACGGCGGCGUAACCAGCAGCCGCAUUGUGACCACCGCUGAGCUCCAUCAGGCUCACAUGCUGGAGCACCACUCCAAUCUGGAUGCCAUUGAGCAGGCCGACGAUUUCAUCUACGGCCCGGGCGCAGGACUCUCGCUGUGCGACGACAGCCUGCCCUCUGCCAAGAACUGCUAUAGACUUGUGAUGCUUGGGUCGUCACGCGCUGGCAAGUCGUCGAUUGUGGCACGUUUUCUGGGCAAUCGCUUUGAGGAGGCCUAUACGCCGACUAUUGAGGAGUUUCAUCGUAAAUUGUAUCGCAUACGAAAUGAGGUCUUUCAGUUGGAUAUUUUGGAUACUUCAGGCUAUCAUCCGUUUCCCGCAAUGCGUCGUUUGUCAUUUCUAACGGGCGAUCUAUUUAUAUUGGUAUUUAGCAUGGAUUCGCGCGAGUCCUUCGAGGAGGUGGUGCGCCUGCGAGAGAACAUACUCGAGACCAAGUGGGCGGCUCUGAAUCCAGGCUCGGGCUUCAAGAAGAAGAGCCUCCCCAAAAUACCCAUGAUUCUGGCUGGCAACAAAUGUGAUCGUGAAUUCAAAACCGUUCAGCUGGACGAGGUGAUGGGCUAUAUAGCUGGCCAGGACAACUGCUGCGCUUUCGUGGAGUGCUCGGCACGCCAGAACUAUCGCAUCGAUGAUCUGUUCCAUGCCCUAUUUACGGUUUCCAAUCUGCCCCUGGAGAUGACGCCCAACCAGCACAGACGCCUCGUGUCCGUGUUUGGCGCGCCCUCGCCACUGCCUCCGCAUGGCUCGGCCGUGGGCGGCAGCAAGAAGAAUGCUCUAUCCAUCAAGCGACGUUUCAGUGAUGCCUGCGGCGUAGUCACGCCCAAUGCACGUCGGCCCAGCAUACGCACCGACCUCAAUCUGAUGCGCUCCAAGACGAUGGCUCUCAACGAGGGCGGCGAGGGCGGCGUGCGCAGCACAUCCCGCUGGAACCGCUGCGCCCUCAUGUGAAUGCGCUCUCGCGCUGGCCAGGGGCAGGCAUAGAUUCUUGACAUCCAUGUGAUAGUAGUGAGAAAAGGGUCAGCAUGUGGUGGUCAGGGGAGGCCACAGACAGUGAGCCUAACUGACAGAUAGAUAGAGAGAUCUUAAUUUUAAACGCAGCGUUUGGGUGAUUUCGUUAUGUAAUGUAAAUACUUGAGCACAUACUUAUACACACAAGCUGGGAGCACACUCGCAUGUGGGUGUGUGGCCAGGGCAAGCAAAUGAUAUAUAAAUGAAUUAUAUAUACGAGCUUUGCAUUUUUCGCAUUGUUAUUAUAAUAUUAGCAAGGCAAACAAGUCAAAUAUAGAAUAUAUAUAUAUAUAUAUGUAUUACGCAUAUUUAAACACGAUUUCCAACCCUUCCUCCGCACCUCGCAUUUCAACAAAGCAAACAGACCAAAUAUUCUAUUUCUAUUACAACAAAUAUUUACAUUUUUGUAUUUCUUUGUAUUCGUAUCAGCACUUAUUUUGAAUUGAUGCACUCACACACACUCACACACAAAUGCAGGCGACAAUAAUGUUAGGACAUACAUGGAAUUGGUAAUUGUUAUGCGAUUCGGUUUAAGAUUUAGUAACCAAAGUUGAAUUUGAAUGAAUUGGGAUGGGCUGAGAAUUAGCUUAUUUAAUUGUUAUUGUUGAUUGUUAUUGAUAUUAAGCCAACGUUUUUUUUUCACUUUACGGAACUCCAAUGCACCAAUGCCACACAUCUAUGCCCAAUACAAGACCUAAAGGGUCCAAUUAAACACUAUUGUAAAACGUGUACACCGAGCAACCAGACCAGACUAGACCAGACCUAAAACAAGAAAAUACUAUUUAAUGCUACAAUACUCUAUGCCAAUACAUAAUCAUAUACAAUGAGUACAUAUGAGUAUAUAUUAUACUAAGCCACAUACAUACAUAUACAUAUACAUAUGCAUAUACACGUAUAGCGUUAAACCGAAUUUAUGCGUAUUAAAUUCGAGUUUCAAUCUAACCUAAGCAACAGCAACAAUUUAAAAUUUAACUAAAAAGUAUUAUGGGUAAAGG